AUGAGUGGCCAGGCACUCCUGCCACCCGUCGAUCGAGGUGUCGAUGCGUGGAAAUUUGUCAUCUCCAGCCUGUGCCUCGAGCUCAUGGUCUGGGGCAUGACGUCUGCCUUUGGCAUCUUUCAAAACUACUACGAAUCGCACCCGCCCUUCAAUCGCUACUCGUCGGUCCAGAUCUCAGCCAUUGGCACGCUCUGCUCAGGCUUUCUCAUCGCAGAAGGCCUCUUCGUCAUUGGCUUCUACCGCUCUUAUCCCGACUGGAUCAAGCCGCUCAUGUGGGUCUCGUUUGGCAUGGCCACCCUCGCUCUCGUCCUGGCCAGCUUUGCCGAGAGUCUGGGCGUGCUCAUCGUGACCCAGGGCUGCCUGUUUGGCAUCUUUGGUGGCCUCCUCUACUAUCCCACCAUCGUUUGGCUUCCCGAGUGGUUCGUCGAGCGCAGAGGCCUGGCCGCGGGCAUCAUCUUUGGCGGCAACGGUGCAGGUGGGGCCAUCUUUCCGCUUCUGCUCACCAAGCUGCUCGAGAGCGUCGGUUUUCGGUGGACGCUGCGCAUCUUUGCAGCCCUCUUCUUCUGCGUCGCUGCACCCGCCAUUUACUUUUGCCGACCGCGCAUCCGACCCGUCGUGGCGAGGCCGAGGAGCGUGACGUGGAUACCGCCGCUGGGCUUCACGAAGCGGCCUCUUUUCUGGCUCGAUUUCCUUGUCAGCCUGCUGCAGCUUCUCGGCUUUUAUGCCGUCAACGUCUAUCUGCCGACGUACGCGCGCUCCAUCGGCCUCACCUCCUCGCAGGGUACCUACGCGCUCAUGGCCUUCAACUCGUCGUCGACGGUUGGCAAGAUCCUGACGGGCUGGGCCGUCGACCGGGUGCCCUACCUGAUGCUCCUGUGCGUCUUUGGUGCUGCGGGCUCGCUGGCCGCUUUUGUCAUGUGGGGCUUUGCCGGCUCGCACCUGGCGCCCUUUGUCCUCUUUGUCCUCGUCUUUGGCGCCGUGGCUGGAUCUGUGACGCCGACGUGGCCGGCGGCCUGCGUGCAGAUCUCGGGCCGCCAGCGGCGGUACGACGUCAGCGUCAUUUUCAUGUCGCUGGGCGAGAGCAUGGCUCUGGCGUCUGUUGCUGGGCCCCUCAUCGCAGGUAGCCUCGUCGACAAGCUCGGCCUCAAGGAGCAGGCGCCCUGGGGAAAGUUUGGCUAUGCAGCUCCGACGAUCUUUGUCGGCGUCAGCAUGGCCCUCAGCUCCAUCCUUGCCGUUGGCACAGGUCUGGCGAGACCAAAGAUGGAGUAG